AUGAGGUCACCUGCCAAUGAGGAAGUAGAAGUAAACUCUCUGGCACGAAUCUUUCUCGGCAGAAAGUGUUAAUUGUCUGCUCCGUUUUUCAGCGUAAAUUUCACCUGGGGGAAAACUCAAGGAGAGAGUAAACAGGAAGGGAACAACUUGAAAAUCUGACGGGAUCUUCCGCAAAUGUCUCUUGGACUGUUGGAGAGUAAGUUCUUCAGGAUGGACCCCUUUUUGGAACAUUAGGUCAGGACUGCGGUUAUUGAAAGACACAUUAUGGCAGAGCCAGCAAUCAACCCAGAAAACGUGCAAUAUUUCCACGGACUGAUCUCACGAGAAGAGGCCGAGAAAAUCCUGACGGAUGCCGGCUGCAGCGAGGGGAUGUACCUUCUCCGCGAAAGCACGACAACGUCAAACACGUACGCGCUCUCGCUCUGCCACAGGCACAAAGUCUACCACUACGCCGUCACGCGGAACCAGUUCGGCAUGUACUCCAUCGAGGACGGGAAGAAGUUUCCCGGGCCGGUAGAACUGGUGCGUUACCACGAGAUCGAGCAGAACGGACUCCUGUCGUGCUGCAAGAUUCCCUGCAUCCGCCCGGAAGGCCAACCCCCCAAGAUGGGCUGCAGAAGCAUGGUACAGCAGAAUUUGGAGGGCAUAGCUAGGGACGUUCUGGGGAUCGAGAGCACACAACUGGAGGAUGAGUUGACCGGUACCCAGAAGUCCCACAUUGAGGAGAAGGUGCUGAAGAUCUACCACCUGCAGCCGGACUGUUACUGGUUUCACAGGUGUAUCUCACGUGACGAGGCUGAGAGACGACUGCUCAAGGCAGGGCCAUUCGACGGCAAGUUCCUUGUACGUGAGAGAGACGACCCCGGGACCUUUGCCAUCGGCCUGUGCUACGGCAAGGCCAUGUACCACUACAGGAUCGACAGGAACUCAGACAACACUCUGUCCAUCAAGGAUGGCAAGAGGUUCGGCAGUCUGGUGGAGAUGGUGUAUCACUACAGUAAGAAGGCUGAUGGUUUGUUCUGCCCGUUGGAUGAGAUCUGUCCCAGACCGGGGAUCCCUGAACACCUCAGAGGUGUGAAGCUGACAGUUGACUACAAACCCCCCACACCUGACAGGAAGCUCCCGGAGCCCCCCCUACCCCAGCGCCCCGCCAGUCUCUCACCGAACAUACCGCCGCCUCUGCCCGCCAACCCCCCUGGACGCACGCCAAGCCAGAGAAAGGCCAGUUUACAGACUCCAGCCUACCCUGCACAUCUCACUCAGAGUCAGAAAAGGAUGCAGAAUCGACGCAGUACGGAGCCAGCAUUACCGGGACUGUUACACUUACAGAUUCACGAAGGAGUCAGACCUAGGAGCCCCCUACUGCCCCCCUCCCCCAGGUCACUACAUAGUCCCAGGACUCCUGGGUCCCCCAUGGCACUGCCUGGCAUGUCUCUGAACAGUACUGACAUCACCAACUCUAUCUGGGACGAGAGUGACCCAGCGGACCAGCUGCCCCCGAUGCCCCAGAACUGGCUGUAUAACAAGGACACCCCCCCGAUGGAGGCCAUGGGGUGGGAGAGUCCGUACAGUGAUGUGACCCUGAGAGAGGGCAGGAAACUGGAGCUGGACCCCUCGAGGCUGCAGCUUAAGGAGAAACUGGGCGCGGGGAACUUUGGCUCGGUGCUGAGCGGAACAUACCAGCUGGGUAGGAAGACCAUCGAGGUGGCUGUCAAGACACUGAAGACAGAACAAGUACCCAACGAGGAGCCUGAGAUUCUGAAGGAAGCCAACAUGAUGAAGGACCUUGACCACCCCCACAUAGUGCGGAUGAUUGGCGUGUGCCACGGGGAGACCAUCAUGCUUGUGUUAGAGUUGGCCCCACUCGGGCCCCUCAACAAGUACCUGAAGAAGAAUGCCUCGGUGCGCCCAGAGAGAAUAGUUGACCUGAUGACACAGGUAGCGGAGGGGAUGGCGUACUUAGAGAGUAAGAACUUCGUCCACCGUGACCUGGCCGCCCGUAACAUCCUGCUGGUCAGCGAACUUUUCGCCAAGAUCUCAGACUUUGGCAUGUCCAAGGCCCUCGGACUGGGAAGUGACUACUACAAGACGGACACUGCCGGCAAGUGGCCCCUGAAGUGGUAUGCCCCGGAGUGCAUCUACUACUACAAGUUCAGCAGUAAAGCAGACGUGUGGAGCUAUGGGGUGACACUGUGGGAGGCCUUCAGUAGUGGCAGGAAGCCCUAUGCUGGCAUGAAGGGCCAGGACAUCCUGACGUGGAUUGAGAGUGAUCGGCGUCUGGAGCGGCCCCUCACCUGUUCCGAGGAGGUGUACGCUGUCAUGAGGUCCUGCUGGCAGUACAAAGCCAAAGACCGACCAACAUUUGCAGAAUUGUCAGCAACAAUGAAGGACCUUCAGUACCAAGUACAGCAGGGUACCAUACUGGCGGGGCUCGAGCCUGGGGAAUCCAGCUUGUAACCAAUCAGCACACAGCAACACCACCAAAGAGCCAAUCACAUGCCACCAAAGACGAUGUGACCAAUCAGGGAGGUCCAGAAAAUAAUCAGGUGGCCAAUAAGGAUGAAAGUUUCUCGACCAAUCAGAAUCGUGUAGAAAUCAGAGGUUGGACAUAUCAUUAUCACAUGCAGUGCUGAUACAAGAGACAAAUUGUAAAUAAUUAUCUGGCAAUAAAGAUAGUAGAAAUACUGGAUAUUCAGAAUCUGAUGUAGCCUUUGACAUUUUUCUGUUAUACAUGCAUAUAUUGACUACAGUAACUUUUGGUACUAUAUCUGUUCUCUUUUUUUAUAUCUGUUCUUUUUCAAUUAUCAGAUCAAUGCCAUGUUUUUGUUCCGGUAGAAUUUGAGUAUUACGGUAACCACAAUCCACACACAAACUGUAGCUGCUUAUGGACAGGCCAGAGAAAAUUGUGGAGGUAUUUAACAAGAAUGUAGAAUCUGAUGCAUUUUAAGUAAGAUGACCAGUUUUCCAGUACUGUAGUUCUUUUUUUAAUCUAAGAAUCAACAAAUUAAAUUUUUGCAACCUUCCUGAUGCAAAAUAAUAUUUCCCCACAUAUCAAUAAAAAAAAACUUUUGACCUAUUCUGUUCGUCAUCAUCAGUGUUCUUGCUGUGGGGUUGUGCAUGAUUAUUUUAAUUUGAUAAUACUGUCAGCAUUGUUACCGCUCUUUUUGCCCUAGAUGCUGCUUGUUUGUAGUUACCAAUCAUUUAACCAUACAAUCUAGAUGUUAGAAAAGCACAAUUUUGAAAAUAUCACAUGGUACAGACGUUCAAGGGAAAAAGUCACUGGGUACAAAAAUGUACAUGUAUCAAGCCUAGUGUUGUACUGUCAUGUUGAAAUCAGUGCCUUGUAAAAUGCUACUGUCAAAUAAAGUGGUAGGACCCGUAUGUUACACAGGGUAGUCAGUACUAGCUACAUGUACAUGUAUAGUCAUGUAGUAGUUAUAGGGGAUAAAGCACAGGGUAGCAAAAAAUGUAACUGAAGUGGCCAAUGCAAAUACUAGUGUAUGAAUUGAUAUAUAUACGGAAGAACUUUUCAUUUUGUUAAGGCAGACUAUAGACAAUAUUGUUACAGUAAUAUUAUAUUAUAAAUGGGGUAUCCAUGCAUCUCAGCACCUUUUUUCAUAUCUAACUUGGUUUAUAAAAUGAAACGGAGCAAAAAAAAGGAAAAUACAGGCAAUUUUUUAUUUAACUGCUUAACUGCUUUGUACAUGACUAUCCAGACAUCUGACUCAUGUAACUCAGGCGCAAAGGGUGUGUAGAAAUCUGGACAGUUUCUUUUGUCUCUUCUCAUAAAGUUGUUCUGUCCAGUGUCCAGCAAGGGUGUUGCGUCAGGCCUCUAGCCAGCUCACAAUCUUUUUCUGUCAGCCCAAAACACUCGCAAUCUAAGGGAGUCCACAGGUAUGCUCCCCUGAUUUUCAAGCCUUUCAAAACGCAAUUUCCCACAUUUUGAGAGGCAAAUCAUAAUCAUGCGGUUGAAAGUGGUUCUUCAGAUGUUUUUAUAUUUUCACCCAAGCUUUUUUGUUGAUUUUGUCAGUAAAUGUUGACGGAUUGAUUUUAAAAACUAUCUGUCACACAACGCAAAGUUCUGGUAAUAUCAGGAAAAACAGGUACUGGGUAGAGCCCUGUGUCGUGCACUCCCAAGGUCACAUCACUAAUGUCAGACAUCCUUUAGAAGGUUGUACAUUGUAAUCAUGGGAAAAUUCAGUAUAUUUAGUCAGGUCAGAAGUCAUAUUCGUUUCUGUUGUAUCAACACAAAUGAGCUUAUUUCAUGAUAAAUUGUGGGUGCAUCUGCACAGUAAAGCCAGAUGUUAGAAUAUAUGCAUUCAGUAUCAUAUCCAGCUGACAGCUGUAUCAGUCUUGUCUUCAUGUCAUAACAUGUCAGCAGAACGUACUGCACCUGCACAAAACCCGUAAUGUAUUGUGCAUAGCACUAGUACUUCGGCAGAACAUCUCAUAUAAGGUAGUAUUCGAGCAUAUAAGGUUAACAUCCCGUCUGUAGUUUCCAAAUAUUAUGUCAGAAAAGAUAGUGUCUGCAACAGGCAAAAUUCUGAUGUAACGUUGACCAACAUCCAACGAAAACCGUGAAAAAUCAGGGUUUCAUGCAGGUGCAGUACGUUCUGCCGACGUGCUUGGAUUAAUAUGGAUGCCUUCAGGACUGCAGCCUUUACUUAUAUUGCCAUCAAGUAUGCAAAGAUUUUACUGUAUGAUUCAAAUAUGUGACAUUUCUCUCAUGCUGGCCUGUAGAAAAGUAGUCUCAGUGUAUCAAUGUUGGAAAAGCCGUACACUGUAUAUGAAAUCUACAAAGGGAUAGCAGGCACUAUAAGAUUUCAGCUGGAUAAAUACCAUGUAGUUUAUCCCAGAUUUUUUCUGAAUAUAUUUUGAACUAGUAUAAAAAAAAUGUAUGAUUAUGAAGCAGUUGAAACUGUAGAUGUUGAGAAUAAAAUGUAUUUUUUACCUCAACCUUA